CACCGCUCCUCCUCACAGGAGCAGCAGCGGUUGACCAGGUCCUUCCUUGUUGCUGCCACCACCAAGGCCGCUCGUUCCCCUCAGGCCGCUGACAGGCCCCGGCCCGUCUCUUGCCUGCCUCCCUCCCUCCUCCAAUGGCCUCGGUAGCCCCAAACAGCAGCAGUGGUUAACUGGACCCUUCUCUGCUACCACCACCACCACCAUGGCCGCUCAUUCCCCUCAGGCCACUGACAGGCUCAGGCCUGUCCCUCGCACUUCCUUCUUUCUUUCUCCCCCUCCCUUCUUUUUCUCUCUUUCUCUCUCCUCCACUCGCUCUUCCCCUGUCUUCCCUUCCCUUCCCUUCCCUUCCCUUCUUUUUUUUCUUUCUUUCUCUCCCUGAGUUAACAGAACUUGUUCGUCUUGUUUCCUCAUCUAAUCCACACAACAGCAGCCUCCUUCUCCUGAAGGGGCUCUUUCAUCCCUCACGACUCCCUGCCCACUGUCCUUUUAUUUAUUUAUAUCCUUUUAUUUAUAUAGAUGUAUAUGUAGAUUCUUCUCCUCUACAAUCAAGAACAUCUUCUGACCAGUGACAGUUGCAUUCUAACUGACCUUAACCAUCGCAGGUUCCUCCUCCCUAUCUGCAUAUGGAAUCCCCACUGCCCAAUCACCAUGGUGCUUCACUCUCACAGGCUGCUCCUCCCUAUCUGCAUGUGGAAUCCCUGCUGCCCAAUCACCACGGUGCUUCUGCUUGUGAACUCUCUCUCUCGGGGGGGGGGGGAGAGAGAGCGCCACACACGGGAUUAGCCAAGGGAACAAAGAAGAAAAAUGCCUGUCCGGGACUUGGCCUGUUCUAUACGCUGCUGUCUGCCUUUCUCUUUUCUGUGGCUUCUUUAUUUCUAAAGAAAGUUGAAGAUGUGCACUCAGUGGAAGUUAGUGCCUUUAGAUGUGUUUUUCAAAUGUCAUUUGUUCUUCCUGGUUUAAUAUACUACAAGACAGGAUUUCUGGGACCAAAAGGCAAACGGGUAUUUCUUUUCUUUCGGGGAUUCCUUGGCUCUGGUGCAAUGAUACUACUUUAUUAUGCUUUCCAAGUGAUGCCUCUUGCUGAUGCCACAGUCAUUACUUUUAGCAGUCCAGUUUUUACAUCACUGUUUGCCUGGAUAUUUCUCAAGGAGAAAUACAGUCUUUGGGAUCUUCUUUUCACUCUGUUUACAAUCACUGGAGUGGUGCUUAUUGCAAGACCACCUUUUAUAUUUGGAUCCAAAGUUACUGGAAUUGAAGGAACCUACAUAGAUCAUCUGAAAGGGACAGUAGCAGCUGUUACAAGUGCUGUAGCUGCUGCUUCAACAAUUGUUAUAUUAAGAAAAGUGGGGAAAUCUGUGCAUUAUUUUUUGUCCAUUUGGUAUUAUGCAGUAAUUGGCUUAAUAGUAUGUAUAAUAGCACUUUUUGUAAUAGAUGAAUGGAGUUUACCUCACUGUGGUAUAGACAGGUUUCUUCUAGUAUUAAUUGGAAUGCUGGGACUCGGUGGUCAAAUAUUUCUCACAAAAGCAUUACAAAUAGAGAAAGCAGGUCCUGUUGCUAUAAUGAAAACAAUGGAUGUGGUGUUCGCAUUUAUCUUUCAAAUUCUUUUUCUUAAUCACUUACCAACAUGGUGGACAGUGGGAGGUACCCUUUGUGUGGUAGCUAGUAGCUCUGGAACUGUCAUUCGGAAAUGGCACCAGAAUUCAAAAAAAGGUACAGAAAAUGAAAUUUAACAAGCUGGCUACUCUUUCAUUGCUCAGAUGGAGCAAAACAUCUAAAAAUAUUAUUUAUUUUAAAUAAUUCAUCUAUUGAUCUGUGUUGUCUGUUUUUUCCCCAAGAACCAUUGCCACUAUCUUCCCCGAAAGCAAGCAGGAACAGUUAACCUUUGUUCUGUGCAUGAGUCUGGCUCUAAAGAAGUUCGUGAAGUUAGUUUUGUGUGCCCAAGGAAGCUUUGGUCUUCUGGUUAUUUGACAUCUCUCACUGCAUGCCAUAUGACAAACCUGUUCUGAGGUUGAGGAGCCUUUCAAAAACAGUUCAUGAAUGUAAUGCGGGUGUGCUACUCAAAGAAAAAAAGUUCAACAAAAUCUAGUGCCCCAAGCCUUGGGCACAUUUAAAGUAGCUCUCUGGAUCCUUGUUAUAGUUAUGCCAUGCAUUGUUAUAACGUGUGCCAGCAUAAACUCGUUGCUUGGAGCUGGUUUGUAUGUUACACAGAAAUGGAAGAAGGAAAUGCAUAAUCUUCUUUCAUAUCUUCUUUCUUCAUGUCUGGGAAGAGUAUAACUCUUAACCUUGCCAAUAGUGAGGUCUGUAUUCACCAGAAUCAUCUGGGGUCUUGGAUUUUGUCCUGGGAAAGAUCUACAAUUCCCGCUUGGAGAUGUUGGUGGGGUGGAGUUGGGGGGAAGCACCAGUUAUACAUGCUACAUUUCCCCCCACUCUUGUGCAACACUUGAAGUGGACCUUGUACUUUUAGCAAUAUUUGCUUUGAUCCAAAAAAAGUGUUUCUGCAUAUGGUGACUCCAUGCCAGCCAUGGCAGAUGGUGCUUCAUGAAUGCACUAGCCAUGUUCCCCUGCCAAAGUGGGGACCCCACUCACAUAUGCAGAGCUGAUUUAAUGUUUGCAUUUGAGCAAAGUCAAUAUACUCUGACCACACAACACGUAAGAUGACAGGAUCGUGCUGAUUACAAUGGUUUUAAAUAUAUAUUGCAAUACAGCUUCUUAAGCCUGUAAAAUAUGAAACAUUUUAUACUGUACAAAGCAUAAUUUACUUUAACUUUCCCUUUAACAACAAAGACUCCAAAAAAUAUUUUUUGUAACCUUCCCUCUUCUUCUGAAGGCUGGGGGAAAAGAUAUAAUUCAUGUUUCUUUUCCCCCAGUGAGAUUAUAAAGAACAAAUUCUUUUUUAAUUUGUUUAGUAAAUUAAUUUUUUAAACCUAUUUUUUCAAAAUGGAAUCUUUUCUAUAUUUUGGAAAAAUAAAACUAAAAUGUAUUUGCAGUUAUAAAAAUGUAAACAUAUAUACCUCUUUUUUAAUAUUUUCCUAAACUUGCUGUAAUUUAAAUCAAAUAAAUAAAUCAAAUAAAAAUAAUAAAUAUGCUGUGCCUAAGUAGACAGAGGAAAAGCCGUAUCGGCUACUAUUACUCAGCUCCUACAAUUUAAGCAAAGAGAGACAAUAGCCACUUGAAUGACCAUUUCUUUUCAGUGGAAUAUAUUGUGACUGCAUUCUUGCUUGGUACUAUGCAACAUGUUUUUAGUGCUUGCUUGCUUAUUUAUCUAUGCAAUUAAAACAGCAGCCACUUGUUAGUUAUGCCAAAGUUUCAGGAUGAAGAGUUUGAUCCUGAGCCUAUAAGAGUUUGAUCCUGAGCCUAUAAGUGCUAAGGACACAAUGCACCCAAAGCUACUUCAGCUCAAAGAGACAAAGCAAGAUACGAUGCUGAUGAUACAGCAACACUGCCACAUAUUAUUACAUAGUGCACAUUAUCAGGAUGUUUGUGUCUGUCUCCUUAAAUCCAAGCAUUUGUGCAAAAUUGGCUGAAGAUCAAACUUGCCAAACUAUCAUAGUAAUUCUAGAAGAACAGUUGUUUGUGUAUAGCAACAAAAACAAUCUAUUGGUCUGGGGUUGUGGGCUAGCAGAGGCCCACAGCAGAGGCUCACUUUCACAGAAGUGAGAAGUUGGAAGCAGUGGGAUUUUUGCAUAAAAAGCUGUUUUUGGCAUUAGUUAGAAUUGGGGAAUCUAAGCCAUGUGCAGUUAUACUUUAUACAUAUUUAUCAUGAUGAAAAUGCAUAGGGCAUAACAUAAGAAUCACAAAGUGUGUACAUGAACCAGAACCUGGAUAAAUCAGGAUUUUAUAUCACAGGACUUGUUCUGUGUUUGUUGUUUUUAUUGAUCGUGUGUAUUAUUAUAUUUUUAAUGACAACCUAUCUAUGUACAACUUGGUCAGCCAAGUCACAGAGAUAUUAUAGAACAGUCAACAGCCAGGUUUCAGAAACAGCCUUCCAUAGUAUGUGACUUGUUGCUCCCAAAACUGAGGGAUGUCCUCUGAUACAGAGUGGUGGACUGUAGCUGGGACAUAGGAAAGCAAAACACCUUGCUGUCUGUGUGUGAGGAAUUGCAUGGGCCUUGGUAAGUUCUUUGGAUCAUCUCUUCACUGUUUUUAUUGUAGCAUGCGCUGAUCACCUCAUAAAUACUUUUACAUGUCCCCCACUUCCCUGAUUGGGCAGAAUCCUAAGAACAGCAUAGAAUGUUUUAGUUCCCUUUGGAUGGGAAAGCACUGGUGACUGGUGGUGUCUGUAAUAUUUGCUUGCUUUACAAAUAUGUGUUGGAAGCAGAAGCUCCUGUGCUUAUGUAGUACAGCCACUUAUUCUGCUGCCUCCGAUUCUCAAAGAGCCACUGUUCCUAGCCCAGUCAGUUUCAGUGCUACUGCAUCUUGGUUCUAACGAAAACUCUCUGCUCUUCUUUUGGACACAAACUGCAAAUGGGUCUUCAAACUAUUCUUCCCUCUGGCUCUGGGCUCCUCUAGCAUUCUGGCAGCUAGGGCUAUUAAAUAACAUUAAGGGUCUUUUGUCAAAUUCCUCUGUGCCAGCAUGCAACACUUUAGAGAAAAUACAUAGAGACAGACCCAUUGCCCAUAAUCAACACCAUUUUCCUAAUAGUGGCUGACUUCCUGUGUAGCAUGAACAAAGGCUGCUUCCUGAGGGCAGAACAAAGGCUGCUCCAUGCUCAGCCAAAGGCUUGUCAGGAGGCACAGUAAGACAGGAGCAACUUUCUCUACUCUCCCGUCCUUCCAAAUGUUCUUUCUGGCUUCCAGGAAUAUGUCCCCGAGGACUGUGCAACCUCUAGGGCAUAUUCCUGAAAGCCAAAUAGUACUUUUGGAGGAAGAGGAGAACAGUGAAAGCCAUUCCCUCCUCUUAUGUGUCUGGCCUGUUGCUCAGCAACAUGCUGCCUGAACUCCAAAGAAGCCUCUCUGCUGCAAGUGUACAGUUCUUGCUCUGCCCUUCUAACACUGCAUUGGAUGUCAGUCAAUUAUAUAUAUUUUUAUUAAUUUUUCAGGAUGAACAGUUUAGCAAACAUACAUUAAGUCAAAAAAUAAAAGAUUUCUCUCUCAACUUGAUAUCAACACCCAUCAGUCAAUGUUGUUAAAUGCUUUUCCUAUCCAGCACAGAUUCUUUUAAACUGGAGGCUGUUAAGAAUAUGCUUGUCUUAUAAUAAAAAUGGUUUUAUUAUGGAUUUUGCAAAUUAUUUAACAGAUUUCCCCUGAAACCCACUCAUAUUAUGAUUCUAUGUAGGGUAAGCUCUUCCUGUUUCCUAUUUGAAUGCUGUAUUAUAUUUUGGUCCAAGAUAAUUUAUGCCUGCAUUAUAAUGCAAUGUAGUCUUUCUCCAGAAAAAUCUAUUGCAAUUACUAGAAUGAGUUUUGGCUACAAUCUUAACAGUGUUUUGAAAUGAAAAGAAUGAAGCACUAUCAUUUUGCUAUCCCACAAUUUCUAAAGUAAAUUGCACCUGUUUGAAUGGUCCUUCACAAGCACAACGCUUUUAUCUGCCUCAUGUGCCAGUUGGGAGUCUGAAUGUGGUGACUGGACACUGGACACCCUGACUUUGGGUAAUUGGGUUCUGCAAGGCCCGAGCUACACAUUACAAAGAAUAUGUGACUCCUUCUAGCUCUGUUUGCCUCCCCACUCCUCACUAAUAAUUAGCUGAGGAAGCACAAUGUGCUCUAGAAAUUUCCUACCCCCUGCAAGCAGCAACUGAUGAACUGGAGUGGGACUAGGCAAAACUCUUUGCAAUGAUGUUAUGAGUCUUUCUUAGCUAAGUGUUACCCAGGAGAUGUGGGUCUGUAGCAGCCACAAAUUCCUUGUACCAAGUAAAGCAUUCCUGCUCAGGUUUUCAGUAACUCCAUCAUACAUGAGCUACUUUCAUGUCAAAGACCUCUCUCCAUGAUAUACUGCACUUCUUCCUUGCUCUCUUGGACACUGGAAAGUAUUUAUGCAAUACGGUGAGGUGACCUGGCCUAAGAGUUGCACCAUUAAGUAUUUGGUUUGGUUCCAGUUUGGAUUCAUCUGUGACAUUUGUUCCCAUUCAAGUCACUAAGAGUUUGAGACUGAUUCAGUUUCAGUUCACUGGGUGCAGCAAGCUGAUUUACUGAAACACAGUGUCAGCUGUUAUCCAUGAGUAUUAUGAAGCAGUACUUCUAUGAAGUAUGUAAGAAAUAAAAAUAACUAGAACACUUGACAGAAAACUUGUAACAUGUUUAAUGUGUAUCCUUAAAGCAGCAGGCCUUGCUUUACAGUCCUCCUAAGACAGCAGAAGUCUAGACAAGCCCAAACCAUGUAAAAAACCUCUCAGAUACAGUAACAGUUUUUUAUGCUCCUGAUUAAUUCUGGUUGGAGCCUCUGAGUGUAGCACAUCAAUUUGGUGUUUUGUUGAAACCCUUAUUUUGAAUCAGAAAAAUUAUUUUACAACUGUUCAGGUUCAAUAGAUACUUUAAAAAGAAGGUUUGGUUCUGUUUUGGUUUUUGGCAGGAGCUUGAUAUGAUGCAUACACCUUUCAUGACAUCCAUAUAUGUGGUAUUCCAGCUCCAUGCAGAAACUGGUCCAUCUUACUAACCACAGCCCAAGUCGAUGUGUGUUUGCUUGCAGGCAAGUCCCACUGAGCUCACUUAUCCAAAGAAGUGAGCAUAGGUAAUUUCAUAAGGAAAUAAAUGCUGUUCAAAGAAAUUGCAUUUGGUUCCAAGUUCAGAUUAAGAUACUGUAUAACCUGAAUCUGAAUGCAGAUUCUCCUCUAAUGCUUGGCUGCUGCUUGCCUUUUGUGUUGGGAAGAAUGAAUUGUUAUGGUCUCUCUUUGGGGGAUUGUGUACCAGUCAGCCAAAAGCUGCUGUUCUUUGGAACUCUGUUGUAUGGGCUCUAGAAUACUACAUCACAUUUCAGCACUGUUUGUUGAUCAUGACAGGAUAGAUUGAUGGGCCUUGCGGCUGAUAGAAGCUUGCUCUCUCAGGCCAUUGCUGUUACAUGAUUGUGACAGACAGCAACUAAGUAUUUGCCAGCAGCUGUGAUGGCUUGACCAAAGAGUCAGGCAGUGUCUUUGAUGGGCCAGCAGCAUGAUGGACAACGUGGAGACUUCUUAAGAUUCUGAAUAAAAUUUGUAAUGUUUUCAUAGACAUAAGAUAGACAUUUGUUCUGAAUAUCUCUGUAUGUUGUGCUAGGACUGAUUGACAUACCAAAUACUGAUGUACCACUAUAAUGCCAGUCAUAUAUUAAUCAUCAGAGUGGAUAGUUGUAUAAACUGAAAUGGCAACCAUUAAAUGAUGACUGACUCCAAAGAAGUGACACUGACGUCACCAGUAUAAGUGAUUUGAGUACUGGUAUUUGUAAGCUAUGUUUUCAGAAAAUAUCGGAGAGUUAAACCAGAAGUCCCUUGCACUACUUUAGUAGAAUGUGUUGUACAUUGUUGUGUAGUUGUUGCUGUUUUGUAGUAGAUACUGUUAUAUUUUUUGAAGGAUAACUUUUACUUUCUCCUUUGAAAUGUAAAGAAUAUUUUCAUAUGGGGUUUAUAAGAUUUCAUAAAUUCUAAUAAAUAUAACUAUAACCAUG